GCAGAUCUGCUCUUUUGUUUUCUUUCUUCUACGCCUGGGCAAAUAAUCAGGGCAAUGUUUCCUCCUUCGACAAAAGUUUAGUUUAGUUUGUUCUUCCUUUCUACAUCGUACUCAAUAUUGAAGAAAGUUUCGAUCUCUAAUCUUUCAAGACUAAUAAACACGAUCACAAUCUACAGGAUCAGCAGCUUAAUUAAGUAGAAUUUGGCGAGGAGCGCGCAAAUAUGUCAUCGGAGCUGUUUGGUAAGUUGGAGACGGAAGUUGAGAUCAACGCUCCGGCUGCUAAGUACCACAAUCUCUAUACGCAUCGACCACACCAGCUUCAAUAAUCCAAUAUCAUUCCUGAUAGAAUUCAGAGCUGUGAGUUAAUUGAAGGUCAAUGGGGGAAUCUGGGUUCGGUCAUUUACUGGAACUAUUGCUAUGAUGGGAAAACUACAGUGGGCACGGACCUGAUUGAAGCCAUAAACGACGAUAAGAAUUAUGUGACCUUCAAAGUCAUUGAUGGACCUCUUCUAGAGCACUACAAGAGCUUGAGGCUCAUUGUUGAAGCCACUCCGAAAGGUGAUCGGAACAGCUUGGUUCAUUUGAUUAUGGAAUAUGAAAAGCUUCAUGACCAAGUUUGGGACCCGCAUAGCUUGCUCCAGUUUAUAGCUAAUCUCUCCAAAGAUAUGGGUCCUCACCUCAGUACCCAACCAUAAAUAAGCACUUGCAUUUAGCCAUUUACACAAUGAAAUAAGGAAUUUUAUUUGCCAGCUAGAAGUACGUCAUGUUAUUAAUUAUAUGCAGAACUACAUGUACAUGA